AUGGCUCGAGCUUCUACACUCUUACUUCUACUCCUCCCGGUGGCUUAUUCUAUGGUAGUCUGGCCCGUGCUAGACCGCAACACCACACGCUCCACUAUCGUCCGUCCACGGAAUUGGGCAGAGAAGAAUUUGGGUCAAUGGUGUCGAAACUUCACGGUUAAUGAACACACUCAAUGUCCCCGGGGCUCCGCAUUCCAUCAAUUCGACUGUUGUGGUCAACAUGAGACAGAAUGUUGUUUUGCUAUUCAAGGAUGGGUGAUCGUAAUCCUGACCAUCGUCGGCACGUGCGGAGCCAUCAUUCUUAUUUUUUCUGCUCUUCUGAAGUUCAAUCUCAUCUGCCCGCUACCGUACUCCUCAAAACCGGCUCCGCCCACUUAUACCGGAAUUCAAGAUUGA